AUGAUAAUGACUGAAGAUUCCGGUGAUAUUGAGAAUUCUGCGACUGCAAGUUCGAGUUCUUUGGACAAAGAUGACCUUUUCGAUGAUCAAGAUUGGAAAAAUAUAAAAAAAAACUUUUUUAUUUUAAGCACUGCAGGAAAACCCAUCUACUCAUUGCAUGGAAGCGAAGAUAAAUUAGUAACUACAUUUGGGGUUAUGCAAGCAUUGGUCUCUUUUGUUCAGUCUAAUGAUGAUUCGAUACAAGCUAUAAAUGCUGGAAACACAAAGUUUGUGUUUCUAGUGAAAGAGCCUAUUAUUUUAGUGAGUGUUUCUAAAACUAAAGAAAGUGAAAAUCAACUUAUUAAACAAUUAAAUUACUUGUACAAUUUAAUUUUAUCCAUUUUAACGUCAACGCAAUUAAAAAAAAUAUACGAUGAAAGGCGAAAUUUCGAUUUCAGACGAUUACUAACUGGUUCUGAAAGAUUAAUUGAUCAUUUGUUAAAUUUUAUGAAUUACGAACCUGGAUUUGCGUUAGAAAGCAUUCGUUGCUUAGCAUUGGAUCCAUCCGUUCGUAACGGUAUCAAAUCAAACAUCAUAUUGUUUUUUAGUAAAAUAAAAAAAUUAGUAUUUGCUUUAUUAAUAGGGAAUAACCAAUUGAUUUCCUUUGUCAGAAUGGGAAAAUACAGUCUUCAUCCGAUCGAUAUGCACAUAAUAUUUAAUUUGAUUGAUUCUACAGAGUCAUUCAAAAUGGCCGAAAGUUGGACACCGAUUUGCUUACCGAAAUUCGAUCCAUCGGGAUUUUUACAUGCUCACGUAUCGUACUUAUCGGACGAUUGUCAAGCUUGUCUCGUUUUAUUAACCGUCGACAAAGAUAUUUUUUUUACGUUGUCCGAAGCAAAGCAAAAACUCGUUGAAAAAUUAAGGAGAAACGGUUAUUUGGAAGCCAUAAACGAUUCUUUGACUCAAUCUCCCAUAGGAGCUACGGCGAUAGAUUCUGCCGUUAGGCAUUUGAUAUACAUAAAUCGUCAAACUUCUCAAUAUUGGUGCCCCAAAUUCGAAGCACCUUACGUCACACAAGAUGAAACGCAAAGGAUUUAUUUACUCUAUCAAAAACUUUACGAAAAUUUACACUCAAAAAAUUUAAAAUUGAUUUUAGAACAAUUCGGUACGGAAACGUUAUUUGCUUGGAUGAACGCAGAUUUAGAACUUUACGUUAUUUACGAUCCGUUUGCUUCGAAAGAAACAAUUAUAACGUCGUUAAGUAAAAUAGUUAGUUGGGUGAAAAAAGAGCAAGAUAAAUUAUUUAUAUUGAAUGAUUCCACUUUUUAA